AUGGUAUCGCUCUCGCUUGUUCCCAUAAUUCUAAGUUUCACUCUCUUGCCAUUCUUCUUCUUCUUCUUCUUCUUCUUCCUUCCUCAACAAAUAAUAAAAAUCAUUCUCAAACCUAAGCUUCCGCCAGGUCCUAGAGGCCUUCCCGUAAUAGGAAACCUCCAUCAACUCAAUAAUUCUUCUCUUCAUCUUCACUUCACAAACCUCUCAAGAAAGUAUGGACCCUUAUUCUCUCUUAAGCUUGGUCAUAGAACUGUUCUUGUUGUCUCAUCUCCUAAAAUGGCCAAAGAAACUCUUAAAGAUCGUGACGUUUUGUUCUCUGAUAGGCCCUAUUUUCUUAGCCAACAGAAACUAUCCUACAAUGGGAUAGAGAUAAUUUUCUCUCCUCAUGGAGAUUAUUGGAAAGAAAUUAGAAAGAUUUGUGUCAUUCACAUUUUUAGUGCUAAGCGUGUCUCUAGCUUUUCAUAUAUAAGAGAGGAUGAGGUUCAUCGGAUGAUUCGAAAGAUCUCAGGAUAUGCAGAUUCAUGCAAAGUUAUAAACUUGGAUGAGGUUUUGAUAUCUCUUGCAAGUACCACAAUUUGUAGGGUUGCUUUUGGAAGAAGCUAUGAGGAAGAAGGAGUUGAAAAUAGCAGGUUCUAUGGGAUGAUGACGGAGUUCCAGGAGUUGAUGGGGACGUUCUUCAUGUCAGAUUACAUUCAUUUCACUGGGUGGAUCGACUCCCUCAAAGGAUUAACCGGUCGUCUUGAGAGGAAUUUCAAAGACUUGGAUGCAUUUUACCAACAAGUGAUUGAUGAACACCUUGAUCCUCAAAGGCCUAAACCACAAGAAGAAGAUAUUGUAGAUGUCUUCCUUCGCCUCAAGAAUCAGCCAUGGUUUUCCAUAAAUCUCACUUUUGAUCACCUCAAAGCUUUACUCAUGGACUUUCUUGCAGGAGGGACAGAUACAGUGGCAGCAAUAUCAGUUUGGGCUAUGAGCCAACUAAUGAAGAAUCCAAGAGUAAUGCAGAAAGUUCAAGAAGAGGUUAGAAAUCUGUAUGGCCAUGAUCAUCAGAAAGGUUUCAUACAAGAAAGUGACGUUAAAAAGCUCACUUUUCUAAAAGCUGUUGUGAAAGAAACACUAAGAUUACACCCACCAGCACCAUUACUUGCACCAAGAGAAACAACUAAAAGUUGCAUCAUACAAGGGUUUGAAAUCCCAGCCAAGACAACAGUAUAUGUGAAUGCAUGGGCUAUUCACAGAGAUCCUGAGGCUUGGGAUGACCCAGAAGUGUUCUAUCCUGAGAGAUUCUUGAACAAUGCCAUUGAUUUUAAGGGACAAGAUAUGGAAUUAAUUCCAUUUGGAGCAGGUAGAAGAAUGUGCCCAGGUUUAAUGAUGGGAAUUGCCACGGUGGAGCUUGUACUUGCUAAUCUAGUUUCUUCAUUUGACUGGGAAAUGCCAGCAGGAACUAAAAGAGAAGAUAUAGAUUUUGAGGUAGUAACUGGACUUGUCACUCACAAGAAAAAUCAUCUUUGGCUUGUUGCCAAGAACCCUAUCUGCAAAGCUUUAAAAGCUAGUUGUGUCCAAUGGAGUCAUAGAUAUUUGCAAGCAGCUACCCAAAGCUCUUCAAAGUCACACAAUUUAGAGGCCCUAGCAGAAAAGGAUAGGAAUCUUCUCGUAGUCAUUCCUCCUGAUAUGCCGCCACAUGAUGCUUAUUACUUUCUCUUGUUCUCUGGUUAUUCCAACUUGCUCCUUCAGCUUUCAAUUGCUUUGAUUGGUUUCUUGAAAGGAAACAGAGGGCUCUGA